CCUCUCUGUGCAUGGAUGUGUGUUUCAGUGGCUGUGUGUGUGUGUGUGUGAGAGAGAGUGUUUGUAGGCUGUAUGUGUGUAAGCUGCCUCAUAUCGUGUUGAUGACGACCGACUGCCAUCGAGUCUGACGGCGAACAAACGGGAUUUUAAAUUAAAUCAACACUUUUUUUUUUAUUUUUUACUUUUUUAACAAAGUGAGUGACCUCUCUUCUGUCCGAGCCGCCGCCGCCACCGCCGCCGGGUCGGUCCGACACGAUGAGCCAGCCUCGGCCGGACGAGUUCAAGCCUCCUCCGGAGUGCCCGGUCUUCGAGCCCAGCUGGGAAGAAUUCAAAGACCCGUUUGCCUUCAUCAACAAGAUCCGUCCAAUCGCCGAGAAAACUGGCAUUUGCAAAGUCCGACCGCCUCCGGGCUGGCAGCCUCCGUUUGCUUGUGAUGUUGACAGACUUCACUUUGUUCCACGGAUCCAGAGGCUCAAUGAACUGGAGGCACAGACCAGAGUCAAGCUCAACUUCUUGGACCAGAUUGCCAAAUUUUGGGAUUUGCAGGGAUGUGCCCUCAAGAUUCCUCACGUGGAGAGGAAGAUUUUGGAUUUAUAUAAGCUGAAUAAGCUGGUAGCAGAGGAGGGUGGAUUUGAUAUCGUGUGUCGGGACAGGCGAUGGACUAAGAUUGCAAUGCAAAUGGGAUUCGCUCCUGGCAAAGCUGUCGGCUCACACCUGCGAGGGCAUUAUGAGAAAACGCUCUAUCCCUACAACCUGUUUCAAAGCGGAGCAAACCUGCUGGCACCAGAGGCAGCUUCCAAACUGAUGCGUUUGGAGGCUGAUCCUGAACUUGAACAGUGCGUUCAGAAGCCAGUCAAGUCGGUGGAGACUGCAGAAAGUGUUGAGAGUGUGGACACAAAAGAGCACAAGCUGCAGGACCAGGCUCAGAGGCAGCCCGCCCAGACCCCCGAACCCUGUCCCGUUGCUCGCAGAGCCAAGCGCAUGAAGUGUGAGGCUACCUGUGUGAAGACUGAACCAGGUGAGCCCGGGGAUAACAAGCCCAACCUGAGGCGCAGGAUGGGUUCUUUUGUGGCCAAGCAGGAACCAGCAGAGAAAGAGAUUCCCAUCCCAGUGAAACAGGAACCAGUUGAAAGUAAAGAACCAGUAAUUGAAGCAGAGAAACCCAAGUCGCGCUACAAGAAAUACGUCGCUCCCGUCCCUCCGAGUCCGCAACAAGGAAAAAUGGCUCCAGUGAUUCCUACAGAAACAAUCACAUACCAGGUGGAUCUGGUUGUGUGUCUGGUGUGUGGCAGCGGGGGAGAAGAAGACCGUCUGUUGCUGUGUGACGGCUGUGACGACAGCUACCACACCUUCUGCCUGAUCCCUCCUCUGCACGACGUCCCCAAAGGAGACUGGCGGUGCCCCAAGUGUCUGGCUCAGGAAUGCAACAAACCUCACGAGGCGUUCGGCUUUGAACAAGCGUACAGAGACUAUUCCCUGCGUGCAUUCGGACAAAUGGCUGAUGCAUUUAAAUCUGAUUACUUCAACAUGCCUGUUCAUAUGGUGCCCACAGAGCUGGUGGAGAAAGAGUUCUGGCGUUUGGUUGGAGCCAUUGAAGAGGAUGUUACUGUCGAGUAUGGAGCUGAUAUCGCCUCAAAGGAGUUUGGGAGCGGCUUCCCCAUUCCAAACGGGAAAUUUAAGGUUUCCCCAGCUGAUGAGAAAUACCUCAAGUGUGGCUGGAACCUGAACAACCUGGCAAUGAUGAAACCUUCUGUGCUGACUCAUGUGACAGCUGACAUCUGUGGGAUGACGCUGCCGUGGCUUUAUGUGGGCAUGUGCUUCUCCUCUUUCUGCUGGCACAUUGAGGAUCACUGGAGCUACUCCAUCAACUACCUGCACUGGGGAGAGCCCAAAACCUGGUACGGAGCUCCUGGUUUUGCAGCAGAACAGUUGGAGGAGGUGAUGAGGAAACUGGCCCCGGAGCUGUUUGAGUCACAGCCUGACCUGCUGCACCAGCUGGUCACCAUCAUGAACCCCAACACCCUAAUGGCCCACGGGGUCCCAAUUUACAGAACAAACCAGUGUGCUGGUGAGUUUGUCAUCACAUUUCCAAGAGCCUACCACAGCGGCUUCAACCAGGGCUUCAACUUUGCCGAGGCGGUCAACUUCUGCACCGUGGACUGGAUGUCAAUGGGCAGGCAGUGUGUGGACCACUACCGUAUGCUGCACCGGUACAAUGUGUUCUCCCAUGACGAGAUGGUGUGCAACAUGGCCUCCAAAGCGGACACACUCGAUGUGGUCCUGGCAUCAUCUGUGCACAAAGACAUGGUCUCCAUGAUCCGAGAGGAGAAGAUAUUGAGGGAGAAAGUGAAGAAGAUGGGCGUGUUUCUUUGCAAGGAGGCCAAAUAUGAUCACCUCCAGGAUGACGAGCGGCAGUGUGCCAAGUGCAGGACCACCUGCUACCUGUCUGCCAUCACCUGCUCCUGUAACUCUGGAGUACUGGUCUGUCUGCACCACAUCACUGACCUCUGCUCCUGCCCUGUCACAAACUACACACUGAACUACAGAUACACACUGGAUGACUUGUUCCCCAUGAUGAAUGCUGUGAAGCACCAGUCUGAGCUGUACGAUGACUGGUCUGCCCUCGUCACAGAGACUCUAGAGGCUAAACUGGAAAAGAAAAAAGGUCUGCCAGUGUUUCGCUCUCUUCUUGCUGCGUCUGAGUCCAAACUGUUCCCUGACAACGACCUGCUGCGUCGGCUACGUAUGGUCACGCAGGAUGCAGAGAAGUGUGCCUCUGUGGCACAGCAGCUUCUCAAUGGAAAGAGGCAGACCAGGUAUCGCUGUGGGAACGGGAAAUCAUGCAGCCAGCUGACUGUGGAGGAGCUGAGUUCAUUUGUAAGGCAGCUGUAUAACCUCUCCUGCAGUCUCCCUCAAGCCCCCCUGUUGAAGGACCUCUUGAAUCGCAUCGAAGACUUCCAGCAGCACAGUGAGAAGGUCCUGGCAGACAAAGUCCCCAGCGUGGCUGAGAUCCAGAGCCUGCUGGACGUCAGCUUCGACUUUGACGUGGAGCUCCCAGAGCUGCCUCGUCUCCGGGUGCGGCUGGAGCAGGCACGCUGGCUGGAGGGGGUUCAGCAGGCCAGCGCUCAGCCUGCCACCCUGACUCUGGAGACCAUGAGGAGGCUCAUCGACCAGGGAGUCGGCCUGGAGCCCCAUCCGUUAGUGGAGAAAGCCAUGGCCCGCCUGCAGGAGCUGCUCACUGUGUCGGAGCACUGGGAGGACAAGGCGAGCAGCCUGCUUAAAGCCAGACCUCCACACUCCAUAGAAACUCUUAGUGCUGCUGCUGAAAAGGCUUCUGCCAUCCCCGCUUACCUCCCAAACUGUCUCCUCCUGAAAGACUCCAUCAGAAAAGCACAAGAGUGGCUUCAGGAAGCCGAGGAGCUUCAGGCCAGUGGCUGUGUCCUGAUGAUUGACAGCCUUUCUGAUAUGGUGCUGAGAGGACAAGCCAUCCAAGUCCACCUGGAGCCUUUAGACCGGCUCGAGUCUUUAACGGUAGAAGUGCAAGAAUGGAAGGAAUCUGCAGCUGCAACUUUCCUUCCCAAAGACUCCACCCUCACCUUACUGGAGGUCCUGUGUCCAAGAUGUGAAGUCGGAAAUGUGGGUUCUCCAAAGAGGAAAGCAAAAAAAGGAAAAGAGUCGCCUAAAAGUAACAAGAAGAAAACGCCACGGCUCAACACUCUCAGCGAUGUGGAGAAAGCUCUUUCAGAGACCAAGGAUUCUACCUCUGCAAUGGCAACUCUGGAGGAGCUGCGAGUACGGGAGAUGGAGGCUUACUCUAAUCUCAGGGCAGCUAAUGAGUCAAAGCUCCUUCCCACAGCCGACAGCAUGGACCUGAAGGUGUGUGUCUGUCAGAAGGCGCCCAUGGGUGCAAUGCUACAGUGUGAACUCUGCAGGGACGCCUUCCACAGCGUGUGUGUCAGAGACUCCUCAGACUCACGUGAAACACAGCCAUGGCUCUGUCCGCAGUGCCAGCGAUCAGAAAAGCCCCCCAUGAACAAAGUCCUCUCCCUGCUGGCGUCUCUGCGGCGGGUGGGAGUGCGGCUGCCAGAAGGCGACGCUCUUCACUAUCUGGUAGAUAGGACAGUUAACUGGCAGCACCAAUCACAGCUGAUCUCACAGUCGUGUAACCUCCCAGAACUAGAAGAGAGACCAGGAACCCCUCCUACUUUAACCCGCUGGGCAUCGGCAAGCCACGACACCCAAAACAACUCUCAGGCUCCAUGUUUGACUCCAGAGUGGAAUAGGACAAGCCAUGCUCAGACCGUCUUCUACACCGAGCAGAGAUGCAUCCCGCUGCAGGGUUUGAGUCAGGAUCUGGAGGAACUGAUGGUGGACGGGCUCCUGCUGCAGGUGUCUCUACCAGAGGUCCAGAGCCUCUACCACGUUUUAUUGGACAGAGCUAGCAGCCAGCAAACCAACAGAUGCAUGUCACCGCCACAGGACGAGUCCGCAGACUGUGACCAACACACGCAGUUCAACUCUCAGGGAAAAAAUCUGCCACUCAACCAGGAUGGCUUUGACAGUGUGACGGCCUCAGAAAAUAAAGCAAAGCGGCAUCUGGAGAAAGAAGGUUUGGAUGCGGAGCACAGGGAGAAGGUCAAAAAGCACUCUCACAAAAGACAGAAGAUGAAUAAAAAGAACCUGCAGCGCAGGCCGACCUCGACCUCAUCCUCACCGCGCUCUGACUUCUCCCAGUCUGAUGACUCUGAUGAGGAGAUGGCAGUGUGUCCGGCAGAGAGAUGUCAACUCCCUGAGGGAGAUGAGGUGGAUUGGGUCCAGUGUGACGGCAGCUGUAACCAGUGGUUCCACCAAGUCUGCGUCGGCGUUACAGCUGAGAUGGCAGAGAAGGAGGACUACAUUUGUGUCACGUGUACGAUGAACGAUGGACAUGAGUAAAUGAAGAAAAUGCUUUUUUCCCCCCGAAGGACCGCUUAAGAUGUCUGCCCUGUCGUCAGUCUGUUUAUGGAGCCACCAGUCUGGAUGUGUCACUGAUCUUCUACUCCCCCCUCAACCGCCGCGUCCCGUCCCGUCUGUCCGACCCCUUUUGUAACAACGGUGCUAUCUCCUCUUUGACUUGUUGUCCAGAACUAUAAUGUUUAGUUAUUUUUUUGUAUUUUUACACAUAUAUAUAUUAUAUAUAUUUCUUUCUUCUUAUGAACUGUUUGUGGUUGUCUCAAUGGGAAAAAAAAACAAACCAGGAUGUGAAGUGUGCUGCAUGGGAUUCCAUUACAUCAGCGCCAAGGAGUCUUACAACACAACGCACCCGGUAACGAGGGUUUAUAUUAUCCUCUCUGGAACCUCCUUGCAUGUUAAACCAGAGCUAACGGGACAGAAAUCAUGGUUUUCAUACACUUUCCCCACAGAAUUAAAAAAAAAAAAAAAAAAAAAGACUAUUGCAUUUUUUUUUCUUGAAAUCCAGUGUUUAGUACCUGCAUCUUAAUAAUAUAAUUAUUCCCCCUUUUUUUUGUAGAAUAGGUUUAUUUAUCUGAGCAAUAAUUUUCGUCCGAGUUGACUUAAAUGGCUUGAUCUUGGCUGAGUUGUGUUGGUGCUUCAGCGAUGGUGAGAGCCCCAGAGUGUAACCCAGCAGAGCGUUACUGAGAGAAGGACCUGGGUUUAGCUGAAGAUGUUACAAGUUUAUAUAUUGUGGAAUAAAAACCUUUUGUUCUAUUGAGAA